UCCGAUGAUGGCCGGCAACGACGACCUCGCCGCCCUCCGCGAGCAGACCGCCCUCGCCUCCGCUGCCGCCGCCUCCGUCUCCGACCUGGACUUCGCAUACCAGCUCCAGCUCGCCGAGGCCAUCCAAGCAUCCCUCCUCCUCGAUGCCGGCUCCAGCAACCCCUCCUCCUCCAAAGGCAAAGCCCCCAUGGCCUCCUCCUCCGCCGCCUCCUCCUCGUCUCAGUCCGCCCCCGCCACCGCGCCGCCGCAGCCCUCGGACGCCUCGAUCGCCCUGGCGGUCCACGCCGCCGACCUCGCGCGGGCCGAGGAGGACCACCGCCUCGCCUCCGCCUGCCGCGUCUACCACGCCCGGGCCGCGGCCUCCGCCUGCGUCGCCGCCCACGACGCCGCCUUCGCGCGGGAGCUCGCCCGGGUCCCGGAGGACCGGUGGGCCCACGACGGCGACAACAUCGAGCGCCCCCUCGACCUCGACGCGGCCAAGCCCCUCUUCCGCGUCCUCUUCAAGGGCAUGACCAGCAAGGAGGUGGUGAAGCCGCGGGACCGGGACCCCGGCCUCGCGGUGCUCGCCGUGGCGCUCUGCGACUCGCGGGGGGAGGUGGUGCUCAGGAUACAGAAGCCCGUGGAAGGGUUCGCCGGCGGCGGACGCAUGAUGCUCGAGCUGAUGGCGCUCACGGAGGGCCUCCAGGCAGCGGUCGGGUUGGGGAUCCAAAGCCUCACUAUCGUCACCGACUACAGGGCGCUGCACAACCAUAUGCUUGGAAUUUGGCGCCCGCAACAGAAGAAGCUCGUAGACAUGAUAGAUCAAGUUGAGUCAGUACAGAAGAAAUUCAAGCAAUGUGAAAUCUCACUUGUGGAACGAGGCACAAUUGAUUAUGUGAUGAAAUUAGCAAGAGAUUCGCUAAUCUCUCAGAUUGCAAAAGCUGUUGCUGUCACUGCUAGCAAGGAGAAAAGAGAGACCUGCGCCAUCUGCUUGGAAGACACUGAUGUUUCUAAGAUUCACGCAGUUGAAGGUUGCGCACAUCGCUUUUGCUUCUGCUGCAUGAAGGAGCAUGUGAAAGUUAAGCUACUCGAUGGAACACUCCCAGCUUGUCCACAAGAAGGUUGCACUACAAAGCUGACCUUGGAGGGUUCAAAGAUAUUCCUAUCGCCUAGACUAUUAGAUAUCAUGGUGCAGCACAUCAGGGAAGGACAGAUCCAUCCUACCCAAAAGAUUUAUUGCCCGUACCCCAAGUGCUCAUUCUUAAUGUCCUUAAGUGAAAUGAAACAGCCAAUGCAAGAAUCUUCCUCAAGGCACACCGUUGCUGAUGCUGCUACAUUGAGAAAGUGUGGCAAGUGCUAUCGCUCAUUCUGCAUCAACUGCAAGGUCCCGUGGCAUGAUAGGAUGACUUGCUACGACUACAAGAUAAGGUACCCCCAAGCUCGUCCAGAGGAUGCGAAGUUACAGAACCUUGCACGGCAGCAGCUGUGGCGCCAGUGCAUCAAAUGCAAGCACAUGAUUGAACUUGCAGAGGGCUGCUACCAUAUGACUUGCGUGUGCGGCUAUGAAUUCUGCUACACCUGUGGGAAAGAAUGGAAGGACAAGAAAGCGACCUGCACCUGCGCACUGUGGGAUGAACAUAAUAUUAUCCGUGAUGACAUGGAUGAGGAGGAGGACGACGACGAUGACUACGAUUCUGAGGAUGAUGAUGAUGAGUACUAUGCUGGACAAGGCCAUUACUACGGCCGGGCUAAUGUUCAUCAUCAUGGUGCAGGAGCCCAAAAUUUCUAUGGCAACAACAAUCCCGCUCGUCAUCAAGGUGGUGGAGGGGCCCAAAUUUAUCGCAACAACAAUCCUGGUCAUCAUCAGGGUGGUGGAGGAGCCCAAAUUUACGGCAACAACAAUCCCGGUCGUCAUCAGGGUGGUGGUGGAGGGGCUCGGGUUUUCUACAACUACAACAACUAGUCCUUGGUCCGUAAGCACGACAUACUAUUUGGUUUUCGUAUGUAACUGCCAUAUGAAAUUAGGGAAGGCGAAGUACGAUGGAUGAACGUGUUUUUAGUUUAUAUUCUAUGUUCUUGAUACGAUAUUAGCAGUGAUUGAUAUUUGCAUUAUGAUGUGCUCUAGGGUAA